AUGUUGAUGAAGAAGAUAUGUCAAUUUAGUGAUAUACUUGAUAUAAAACAUAAUGAACUUCAACACCAACUUGAACAACAUCAACAUCAACUUAAAGAAUCAUUUAUUCAAAAAGUUAUAGAUAAAGAAGCUGAAUUAAAAGAAACAAAAAGAAAACAAAUAAUGAGUGCUGAUAAUUAUAAUAACUUCGAAUGUUCUGCUGUCUUUUUGGAAGAUUAUGGUCGUGGUUAUGAUACUAUAUCAUCAAGACAUCGUCAAUGUCCAUCAACAUCAUCAGGUUCAAUAUUUUAUUCGUCAUGGUUAGCAAGAAAAUGCUUGGUAAUAUCAGCUGGUAAUAAGCGAUCCAAGACAUAUCAUCAACAAAAUGUUGAGUACGAUGGUAAUGAUAUUGAUCCAAAAUCUGAUGAACAAGGUUCACAAGGUAUUGAUGUAAAAUCUGCAAUGGAAAUUGAUACUGAUAAACAACAUGAUGACCAAACUGUUCUUGAACCUGUAAAGAGAAUUAAUGAAAAAUUAAAAGAAAAGACAGAUGAUAAAAUUUAUCAUCUGUAUAUGGGAAUAAGGUUAUCAGACAAGACAGAAGAUACUGAAUACAAAAUAGUUGCAUUCGAAUAUCGCAAUGUAGAACGACGAGUACUUUUGAACAGAGAUAUUCGUUUUGGACAAAUGCUUUAUGAGCUAAAAAUUGAACUUGGUCUUCCUGCCAGUGCUUCUGUAGGUUUGGUCAACGUUGCGAAAGGUUGUAUCAUUGUCGGUUUCAAGGCGAACGCUCUCUGGAAAUUCGAUGAUGCAGAAGAACCAAAAUAUCGUGUAAUUAUUGAUCUUGGUACAGGUGAAGGUAAAUUGAUUCUCUCGAAAAUAAUCAUUCGAAUAGUCGAAAGAUAUGGACAGAUAGAACUCAUCGUUGAACCAUCGAUCAAUCAGAAAGUGCCACUCUAA